AUGGGUGAGGUGGAGCUUUCCUGUCGGGCUUAUGUGAAGAUGUACCUGCACGCCUGCCUGUUUCCGAGGUGCAGCAUCAACGGGCUUCUGCUGUCCGCCUCCUCAUCAGAUGGGGGUGUUUGUGUGACAGACUGCGUCCCCCUGCUUCACUCCCACCUGCCCCUGGCUCCCAUCACGCAACUGGCCCUCACACAGGUGGAUGUGUGGUGUUCACAGACCCAGCAGAGGAUCGUUGGAUACUACCAGGCCAACGCCUGCGCUUCAGAUAGCAGUCCGACACCAUGUGCACUGAAGAUAGCUGACAAGAUUGCAGAGCAGUGUGACAAUGCUGUUUUGUUAAUGCUCGAUGGCAGUAGGAUGUCUCCGGACUAUCGGGUCCCUCCCAUUGUGAUGUACGAGCGCAAAGAUUCAAGGUGGACACUCAAAGACAAGCACACGGUAAUGCUGAGACAGUGGGAGGAGACUCGGGCGAUAGCCAGCCAGAUGUUCGAGUCUGGCGACCAGGUGCUCUUAGUGGACUUCGACAGCCAUUUGGACGACAUUACAAAGGACUGGACCAAUCAUAAACUCAACAUGAAGAUAGCUGAGCUCUCCUCUCCAGCCAAUGGGAACAUCUGA